AUUGUCAGCAUUGUUGUUGAAUCUGAUAACAAAUCCUCGACUCAUGGUCAUCUAACAAACAAAUUCCCGUGCCACGAUGUCUAUCUAUCCUCCAGCUAAACUUAUCAGCGGUGCCAAUUGUCAUCUACAUCAACUCCAUCAAUCCCCGCAUUUACCACCAUACAAGUCCUCAUCCCGGACAUCUCCAAAACAGCGGUGCAAAACCUCGGCUAUAAGUGAUGAUACGAGGUGAAUUAAGACAGAAUCUUUGUUGGAUCACGUCCAAUUAGAGUCAUCUUGAUGCUUUUAUCGGUGUGAUAAGGUAUCUUGCAUAUCGCAUCCUUUUGUGUAACAUAAAGGCGCCACCUUCGUCCGCGUCGCCAUGACCACUUUCUCCUGCAUUUCCUCGGGGCCGAGUAUACGAACUCCAGUGGUUUCACAGGUUUAUUAACAAUAUGGUGCCAAAUUUGGAUAGGAGCGCCGUCCCGGGCACGGUUACUUUGUUGGAUUUGGACCAUGUUAUGUCCGCUCGGCAUGCCAAUGGGAAUAGCGACAUUGUUUUGAUUCCAACGCCUUCGCGUGAUCCGGAUGAUCCGUUGAAUUGGUCGCCACAGCGGAAGCUAUUCUCUACUGUUUGUGUUAACACAUACACUUUAUUCGCCGGAAUCUCAACAUCUGUUGUGUAUUCUGUCCUAGUUCCACUGUCCGAGAAUACAGGGGUAUCAGUCAGCACUAUAAAUGAGGGCACAGGCUAUCUGUUCCUACUGGCAGGAUGGGGCCUCUUGUUCUGGCAACCGUUUGCCAUGCAAUAUGGCAAGAGGCUGACAUAUUUGCUUUCCUUGGUGGGGACUAUAGGAAUGUUGAUGUGGGGUCCGCAUAUACACUCAAACGGCCAAUGGGCAGCAAGGAGUAUUCUAGCAGGUUUCUUUGUUGCCCCAAUCGAGGCGCUUCCUGAAGUCUCUGUCACGGAUGUGUACUUCACCCACGAACGCGGAACAUACAUGGGCCUCUAUGCUUGUUUUCUAGCCGGAAGCAACUACGUCGCACCAGUCAUAUGCGGCUUCAUUUCCGAGUACCAUGGUUGGAAAUGGGUGUUCUACUGGCCCAGUAUCUUCUGCGCUGUUGCAGUUGUUUUCCUGUUUUUCUUUAUGGAAGAGACGAAUUACACCCGUGAUCUCUCUAUUGAACCUGCUAACAGUGAUGUUGAACCUUCGACUACAGAUCUUGAGCAAGUCGAUAAAGAGAAGGCACCGGAUAGCUCUGAUGUGCCAAUUCCGGGGACGAUGUACUCGAAGAAGACAUAUGUCCAGAAACUUUCUGUGCUAGGGCCUCAACAGAGCAGGAAUAACAUGCUUAGAAGAUCAUACCAGACGUUGUAUUAUCUCUCGUGGCCAGUGGUGUUUUAUGCAGGCUUCUCCUACGGCUCAUACUUAAUCUGGUUCAACGUGAUGAACGGUACUGCAUCUAUUAUUCUCGGAUCUGCACCAUAUAGCUUCAGCACGGCCAUGGUAGGACUCAGCUACGUCUCCUGCUGUCUCGGUGCUAUUUCAGGCUCCCUCUUCACCGGCCGCUUCAGCGACUGGCUCACCAUUAAACUCGCCCGCCGCAACAACGGCAUCAUGGAAGCUGAACAACGUCUCUGGCCCUUUGCAGCAUGCCUCUUCAUCCUCCCAGGGGCACUAAUUCUCUGGGGUGUUGGCGCUGCCCACGAUGUGCACUGGUUCGGCCUUAUUGUCGCCAUGUCCCUACUUGCGUUUGUGAAUACAAGUGGGAUUACUAUCAGCGUUAACUAUCUCGUGGAUAGUUAUAAGGAGUUGAGUGGGGAUGCGAUGGCCAGUGUGAUGUUGGUGAGGAAUACGAUGUCGUUUGCAAUUGGAUAUGGGAUUACGCCGUGGGUUGAUAACCUUGGAUACCAGAACUGUUUUAUCUCAGCAGCGUUUAUCGGAAUGGCAUGCUCUACUGUCUUCCUUAUAAUGAUGAAAUGGGGAAAGAAAUUCAGAGAACUCAGUCGUGAGCAAUACUGGGAUAUCGUCGUCGAGAACUGGGAGAAAGGAAUGGGUCACUGACACCAUAUUUUUUUGAGAUUUAUGUGCAACCAAUCUAAUAAUCCCACAUGCAAGAAGC